AUGGCUCCAAUUGACCCUCCACCGGCCUUUCAACGGGAGAAGUCCCUCUUCACCUCCGGCACAGGAGACGGCCAGGCGCUCGUCCUCUUCGUCUUGGGAGGGCCGGGUGCGGGGAAGGGCACCCAAUGCGCCAACUUGGUCCGUGAUUAUGGCUUCAAGCACAUCUCCGCCGGCGACUUGUUACGGGAUGAGCAGGAUCGGCCUGGCUCGCCGUAUGGUCAGAUGAUCAAGGACAUCAUCAAGAAUGGAGAAAUCGUGCCCAUGGAAGUCACGAUCCAGCUGCUUGAGAAUGCCAUGCAGGCUACAAUCAAGGAGAAUGGCAACAGAAAGUUCCUGAUUGACGGCUUCCCACGAAAGCUGGACCAGGCUAUCGCUUUCGAGGAUAAGGUUGUUCCAUCAAAGUUCACCCUGUUCUUCGACUGCCCAGAAGAGACGAUGCGCGAGCGACUAUUGAAUCGCGGAAAGACCAGCGGUCGAUCAGAUGACAACGAGGAGAGUAUCAAGAAGCGUUUCAAAACAUUCGUUGAAACCAGCAUGCCCGUCGUGGACAAUUUUGCCUCCGAGGGCCGAGUGGUCAAGGUGGACGCCAAGCAGAGCCCAGAGGAUGUAUACAAGGACGUGCAGAAGCAGUUUGCUACCAGGGGUCUACAGCCCGAGAAGGAGGUUGAAAGCAGCCACGGUACUGAUUCAUAA